AGUCCAUGAGUUUUGUCAGCAACUGUUCAGGAAGCUUGUACUGUUUGGAAACCAUUGCACGUUAAAACCGUGACACGUCCAGUUAGCAGGCUGUAGAGCUAGCAAGCUAACUAGCUACUUUUAUUCCUAGUAACACUGCUAGGAAAUGGAGCUACUGCUUAGCAAAACAUUGCCCACAGAUGCAUGUGCCUGGACAGAAAAUACCCAGUUUAAUUAAUCAUUGUGGAUGUAUUUUCCUCGGAGUGGGAGACAUUUCGACGACAUUGUCACCGGAGAGUUUGACAGGAGUCAAAAAUCCCCACUAGUGUACUGUACUUGGGUUUUCUCCUCCAAACCAAAGCAAGAUGGACUCUCAUUCGGCUUGUCUGUCUUGUCAGAGCUCAGAUCGACAUUUUGCACGGAGGUGAAAAUGACUGCUUAGAGGUCAUCGUCAUUGCAUGACAAAGGCAGUGGCAGAUUCAUCUUCAUCAUUCAUACAGCAUUUCCAUUGUUUUUUCUUCAGUGCGGUAGUACCAUGAAGGGUGGAGGAAGGGGUAAAGAGCCACCUGUUGCAGGGGAGGUCACUGGCAAACGCCCCAAACGUAAAUGCCUGCAGUGGCACCCACUUCUCUCCAAAAAGACAUUGGAUUUCUCUGAGGAGGAAGAAGAAGAGGAUGAAGAGGAGCUGGAGAAGCAGCCAGUGUUGUGUGGCCAGGACCAGGGAUCGCAGGUUGAGUGUGGAAGCACAGCAGAGGAAGUGGAGGAGGACUCAAAUGAACAACGAGCACGGCGGCCAAUGAAUGCUUUCCUCCUCUUCUGCAAACGCCACCGUUCUCUGGUGCGGCAGGAACACCCUCGUCUGGACAACCGUGGGGCCACCAAGAUCCUGGCUGAUUGGUGGGCUGUGCUGGAGCCCAAAGAGAAGCAGAAAUACACUGACAUGGCCAAGGAGUACAAGGAUGCCUUCAUGAAGGCAAACCCAGGCUACAAGUGGUGUCCCACCACCAGCAAACCUGUCAAGAGUCCCUCCUGUCAGCCGGUCAGCAAUCCCCGCAAAAAAGUUUGGUCCUUAUCUUCCAACUCAUCCAAGGACUCAACCACUGCCAAAAAAGUGCCCAAAACUGACAGCAUGCCACAGUUAAACUUUGCCAUGGCAGAUCCUACUAAGAUGGGAGGCCUUAGCAUGCUGCUGCUAGCUGGAGAACAUGCCCUCACGAACAGGGAGAUCCCUUCCAGCACGAAACCUAGUUUACCCAACACAGCCAGCGAAGGGAACUGCUUUUCAGGAGACAAAGAAGAGAUAAUGUCUGGGACAGAAUCGAACAGAGUGCUUGAUGUUACCGAAAGCAGGGUCAAGUCUGCCCUCUCCUCACCGGCAGAGUCAUCUCUGUCAGCGGCGCCUGAAGGAAAACCAUGCAGACAGUCCGCUCUCUUCCAGCUUGCUGAGAUGUGCUUAGCGUCUGAAGCUGGAAAGAUGGACACAGUUGUAUCUCAGCCAGAGGACAGCUCCUCUGCAGCCUCUCUCCAGCAAACUACAGUCAAUCCAGAGAUCGAGGAGAAGAAAGCAGACGAUGACAACUCUCCUCCCUCCCCUCACACAUCAGCCCUUUUACCUUCGCCCUCCUCUGUCACUUCUACCUCCACUGAUGUCAUUCCCCCACAACUCAGCAGCCAAAAUGCAUGUGUCAAAAAGAAGAGCAAGAAAAAAGAGAUGGCCAAGUCAAAUGAUAACAACGAGAACCCCUGCCCAGCAAAGAAGAUCAUCAAACAGUGUAACCAUGCAGAAUCAAAUGUGGACAGUGUUUUCAGCACGAUUGAAGCAGUGGCCAAAGGGGCCUGGAAGGACAAUGAGGAGAAGCCCAAGAAGAAGAUCCAGAACAGUCCUGCCGGUGGGAAUCUUGGUUUUCCCAAGAAGAAGAGUAAGCCCAAAGUCAAGACCUUUGUGAAAGAAAAAGAGGAGGAGAUGGAGGAAGACAGCGGGCAGUAUGGACUGUACAGUUUCUCUGAGGUGGACGUGAAGGAAGACAUGAGUCACGUUAGCCCCAAGACAGAAGCAGAUGAAAGUUUAGGAAGCACAGACCUUCAGGGCAGCAUGGUAGAAAUCCAUCACUCCCCUGGCAGCCCCUCACCUACUAAGCUCAAAGAGGAGGACAAGGGCAAGGAGAGGCAAAGCGAAGUGAUCUGUGAGUCCAACACAGAGAACCGCGGCUCCAGGAAAUCAGAGCGGAGCUGUAAAGGAGCCUUAUAUAAAACCCUUGUUUCUGAGGGGAUGCUGACUUCCCUGAGAGCGAAUAUUGACCGAGGUAAAAGAGGAGCUUUCCGAGCUUCUGAUCAUGAUGCAAACUGGUGUGAUGACAGCUGGACAGUUCCACAGUUGGGGCCUAAUAACCCCAAGAAGCUGAAAAAGUCCAAGUCCAAAGAUGAAUCUUCACAGGGCCUAGGGAAACUGGAGGAGGAGUUUGAAAAGAAAUUUAACAGCCUACCACAGUAUAGUCCAAUUACAUUUGAUAAGAAGGGGGCUACUGUCGCAAAGAAGAAGAAGACUGACAGCUCCACAGUCCAAGAGGAAGUUUCUAAAGUCGGAAAAGGGCCAUCUCCAUCUCAGAAAAAGACUUCAUUCCACAAGAUUGUUAGGAAGCACAAACACAAAAAGGAGAAACCAGGUGCAUUGGACAAAGCAGUGCUACAGAGUGAUUCCGCCACACUGGAUUCAGCUACAAAAGUCAAGUCAUGUGCCCCAGUUGCCAUAAUGUGCCCAGAUGUCCAGGGCACCACUAGUAUGGAGAUGCUAGUUGGUAGCCAGAAGAGGAAGGCAAGGAAGACCAAGAUCACACACUUGGUACGCACAGCUGAUGGCAGUGUAUCUCCAGCUGAGGAGGACAAAACUAGGGACCUGAACCAGGAACAGGAUAAGAAGCCAUUACACCAACAGAAUUUAUGCAAUGAAAAAGGGUGCUACAGUAAUCCCAGAGCAGAGGAGGCGGAGAGGAGCACCGUACCGCAAGAGCUACCUGCUUUCUUCAGCUUGGCAGCGCUCGCUGAGGUAGCAGCCAUGGAAAAUGUUCACAGAGGCCAGAGAGGCUUGGCUGAGAGUCAGAAGAAAGAACUUGCCCAGACUCCGGUCCUCAUCUCCUGCGCUGAUCAGUGAAACUCUGCUGCUGUUAAGAGAAGCCACAACCUGGACAUUGGCAGUGGAGCUUUACUCUCCUCAGUGGCAAGCCCACACUGAAGGGAGACUUGAACGGGAAGCUUUGGACAGACUCCACCUCCCCCCAUGUGGUGAAUUUGCUUGAGCUUGGGUUCACGGUGGGGGACAGAGAGCCUCUCUUCCUCCUCCCUGCUCCUCGCUAUCUCAGUGUUUUUCCUGAAGCCUUCCUUUGGUUUGAGGCAGGAUGCCUUUCUGAAGUCCUCAUCCCCCUUAGAUGCUCUGUUAGGGCCUGUGGAAGAACCAAGCUGUCCCCUAGUGCAUGGGUUCCCCUGUAGAAAUGGUUGUCAUGGGUUACUGUACACUGUUUUGUCAAAUAGAGGCCAUUUUUAAAGUCUUGUGGUUUAAAAAACGGCAUUUUAGGUAGGUAAAAAACCCAACAAUGCAACACAGCUUUCUGUCACCUUUUUACCUCACACACACACCUACUGAAGAGUUUCCCUGCACCUCCGGUAGAAUACCUCUGUAUCUGAAUAGCUCUUAUCCCUUCCACUCCCUCCAGCUUCAACCCAAAAUGACUUUAACCAGGGUAAAUAAUCAUGAUUGAUAGGCAUCCAUUACCAACUCCUUGCUUAGUGUUUCCCUGUGGUACACUGAUGUGGUUUAUCCAAAAUACAAAGAAAUCAUGGUUGAGUACUUGAUAUGUACAUUAAGAUGAUGCUACUGUAAAACAGGAUGUGGUAGCUACAAGUAAUCAUGUUAGACUGAAUGUGUAAAAGUAAACCUGUGCAUACCCUUGCAUCUGAACUAGAGUUGACUAUAGCUGAGGAUGUUUGUUUGUCCUGUUUAUCUUUAGCAGUAGGCUCACAGUGUCCCUGUGUCAGGCUUCUGAAACAGUAGGUUGGCUUAAAAACUGCUUCGUGAUGGGGAGAUUGUGUGAAAGUGAUUCAAAUAUAGCCUUAACCCUCCCACCUAGACCCUGUUUGCCGCCACAAAGCCCUCAACCAGCUUCUUGCUCAAUGCCAUCACAGUCCUGAAGUCAGUGUAACAUUUUUGAAUAGUGAAAAUGCAGUUUUUGUCGAUACUUGAUCUUAUUGCAGUUUGCGUAGCAAUUAGAAAGGUCAAUUACUUGUGUGCAACUUCUUAGGUUUUUGUUUGUUUGGUUGAUUGGUUGUUCUUUAUGUAAACACUGCACUCAUUUGUAGCUGAAGUUUGAGUUGCUCUUGGAAGGGUGAUAAAAUGCCUUGUCUCCACCACUCACAGUUUUCUUACUGUAUCGCCUGUCUCAAUAGUGUCUUCAGUGUCCUGGCUAAAGCCAGACACAAGCUCUGACAUAAAAGAACAGGGCUUUGUAAACAGAUCAUUUGUUGUGUGAAACAGUUUUAUUCGUCAUGUCUCAUAAAAUGAACAAUUUGGAAAAAAACACAAAGCAUAAAUAAGAUUUUCUGUCUUUGUAUGGUUUGAUUUGAUUUAAUUUGUUGAAAUCAGACUGCACUAUGCUAUGGUUCCUCUUAAAGCUUAUGGAGACAAGGCAUUUAACAAUAAUUUCCCCAUUUGUUUCCUGUUGGCCUUUAGAGAUUUUAUUGCCAAGUAAUGGUCUACUCAAAGGUCACAUGUAAUCGAUGUUUUGAUUUUUACAAGUAUUUAUAUAUAGAUGCAGAUUUUUUUUCUUUAUUUUUGGCAUUGUUGUGUUGAUGUUGGGUCAGAAUCAUUCCAUUUCAAUGCCUCUGUCUUGGCCAUACAGUUUGCAGUUUAUCAGCAGGAGUAAUGAGGAAAAACAAGGACAGGUGCAGUUAAACUGCAGGUUUGUUGUCUUCCCAAGGAUUGGAGGAACCUGGAUGAGCUGCCACAGGAUAGUGGAGGCUAACUGAGAACUACAGACUCCCUAGCAAUACCCCUUUCCUCCUUACCUAGCAGCCUUUUGUUCCUCUGUGUAGACCAAUACUUAAUUUAUCACAUUUUAGAAUGCGUCACGUUUAUAACUUUUAUAGCUUUUUGUUCUCUGUUUGAUUGUUCCUCUGUUGAAGUAUAUGCAUUUCUGAUGCUCCUUCAACUAGGUCCUCUUCAUGAACUUAAAUGGUUUUUCCUGAGGUCAAGUUUACUGGAUUAAGACUGUUGUCAAAAAAGACCAAGCUCAUAGACGAUUAAUGCAUCUAUGCUUACCUGCUAAGCACAUGGGCACUGCGAUAAAAUGCACCAUCUCUAGACAAUGAGCUUGUUUUUUCAACUCUGAAGGAGUGUAUUUGACUGCGACUGCAUCACCAUUUCUCGGAUAUGUGUUAAGAUGUGUUAAAAGUGCUUAAUGACAGGACCAACAAAUAAGAAAUGAAUGGGUCUUAGAGAACUCAUGCAUCUUGAAAAAGAGUAUUUUUCCUAAAUCAAAGCAUUGCUACAUGGUAGGAAUGUUUUCUAAUGUUGGCCUUUGUGUGCAAAUAGUUACAUGCAAAAGAAAUCUAUAAUUCCUCUCUAAAUUUGUCCUUAAAAUAUAUCAAACCAACUGCAAAUGUUUCCCAGUUAAUUUUAAGAAAACAGUAUGCAUUAUGAUAAUCUAAUAGAAAACGGCAGAUAUUUUUCAGAUAUGAGAUAAAGUUACAUUAAGGAUGAAAUCGUCCAACAGUAAACUGUAUAGUUCUUCCACUGGUGGACAUCAGUGUAGUUCUUUGCAAAGACAAAGAAAUUGUCUUCCCCCAAAAUAGAGAUAUAUUUGCUUUUAGCCAGUGAGUUUAUUGACAUUUGCCAAAGAAAAGGAAAAGGUAUAUUCAAAUGGAAAUCCUGUUUAAAAAAAAACAACAAAAAAACAACAAAAAAAAAAAACAAAAAAAAAAAACAAAAGCAAAGAAAGCUAGCGUAACAGUUGCACUGCGUUUUCUAAGUGUGUAAAUCUUCAGGUAACAAUAUCAGCACAAUUCAUCCUGUGUAUCUAAUGGGCUUUUCCCUGGUGUUUGAACCCAGAGUUGGAAUGAAGUGCAACAAAAGGGCACCACGCAAUGCCUCUUUUAGUAUACAGUAUUUGCACCUUAUGACCCAAACCAAAAUGAUCAUGGUCUUUGAAGAAAAUAUAUAAUUUUUACCCACUCUGGAAAUUAUGCAUUUUAACUAUUAUAUAUGCGAGAAUCCAGUCAAUAACAAAUCCACACAUCUACAAAACAGCCAUAAUACUGUCAUUUCCCUACCCCUCACUUUUUCUAUCUAGAAAAUGCUUCUAUAAAGUUGAAAUUCCUAUAUUAGUUACCUAAAUGACUAUAAUACCCUUUGUGCUAGUACUGUCUUCUUGAAUGUAAUCAUUUUGUACCUGUAUUUUUCUAAUUCAGUCUUGAUUGUACUGUAUGUAUGCUAUGAUGGUAUACUGUUCCUUAGGUGCAUAGUUACAACCAUUCUCAUGACAGGAUAGGUGCUGCGCUGCAAACUCAAUGGAAAUGUAUGGAGAUUUUAAGUCCAAAGGACUUUCUGUACCAUGUGAGCAUCCAUGAGACUAAUAAGAGAGAGAGAGAGACAAAAAUUAGAGAUUCUUGCAGUUUGAGUGGUGGGACAAUAGCUUUCCCUGAUUUGCUACUCCUUUUUCUUUUUGCAGUAAAAGUGAAAGUCUGUUCAGGACAGUUUAUGAAACAGGGACGCUCCUGCAAUCAGACAGAACAACUGAAUGCUUGAGUUUCAACUUAUUUAUUACUGUUCCUUUUUAUAGGUUUAGUCAAAUAAAAAAAAAUGAAAUAUACAACUGAAUAUGCAUCCAUUUAUACAUAAACAUGUAUAAGAUUAUCUACCCUUUACUGGAAUGUAGAUCAUGGUUUUCAUUUUUUGAUUUGUUUUUGUUUUUGUUUUUUUGUUUUUUUUUUGUUUUGUAUAGAGGAGGUUAUGCCAGAUCUUUUGAGUCUCUUUCCUCUGAUAGUUUGUACAACAUGUGCUUAAUCUAAUUUAUCUUAUUGGUAAUCAUCAUGACAGAUAUGUUUUUUGAUUGUUACAGCCCAGUUGUUAUAUGCAGCCUUACUGGAACCCCUGCUUAGUGAGGGAUCCCUCAACCUCCCAUCAUCCCUACCCCGCCCCAUCCACAACUCCUAUGUCAUAACACUGUUUGCUGAUGCAACUAUUAUUCCUUUUACACUUUCUGCUGACGCAAUUAUUACUUCUUGAACACCUAUUAAAAUAACAUCUAUAACGUG